AUGGGGCGCCCGGGGUACAUCACGGUGCCGAUACUCUCCGUGCUCGCCGCGAUUGGCUAUGUCUACUACACCACGGUGUUCCUGGCGAUCCCCGCGUGGCUGGGGCUCUCCACGGCGGCUGGGCUCGCCAACGCCGCGGUCUUCACCGCGCUCGCCGCUGCCUGCGUCGCAACCUACGCCGUCGCCGUAUCGCGCGACCCGGGCCGCGUGCCGUCGUCCUUCGUGCCCGACGUCGAGGACGCCGGGAGCCCCAUCCACGAGAUCAAGCGCAAGUCCCCUUGGCGCUGCCACCUUGCUAAGCAACAUUGA